AUGAAGUCGACUCAAUUUGUGACUGCCGCUGUUGCUGCACUUGGCCUGGUUUCCCAGAGCUUAGCACAAAAUAACAACAACAACAACAACAACGGAAACAACGGAAACAACGUCAACGCCCAGGGUGGAAACAACAACAACAACAACAACGGAGCCAACAACAACAAUAACAACAACGGAAAUAACGCAGGCAAUGGCGGCAACGAGCUCUUACUGCUUCAGGCCAAUGUUCAAGAAGCCUCGAACUCCCAGGGCACACCUGACGUUGCUGCUGGCCAAUCGAACUCGAACACAGACCCAGCCAAUUUUGUCAAUUUCUGUACUGGCAAGACCCUCACGAACGGCAAGCAGGUUACCCAAGGUUCGUGCAACGGUGUCGUUAUGGGAGAUAUUCCGUCCAACAACAACAUGAUUUCUGCUAUCGUGAUUUUCCCUGCACCCAACCAGGACCUCGAGCCCGACACCCAAUUCAACAUCCAGGUCCAACUCACCAACCUGGUGGCUGGUUCUUUCACUGACCCCAUCAACACUUACUACUCUGCACCUCAAGAAUUACAGGGCGGAAACGUUGUUGGUCAUUGUCACGUUACCGUUCAAGACUUGAACAACCAGAUUGCUCCUCAACAGCCUCCCGACCCAAAGAAUUUUGCCUUCUUCAAGGGCAUCAACGACGACGGUAACGGAGCCGGUCUCCUCCAAGCCACUGUCACUGAUGGUCUACCUGCUGGAACUUAUCGUAUCUGCACCAUGAACUCCGCUUCCAACCACCAACCUGUCCUCAUGCCCGUUGCCCAACGCGGUGCUCAAGAUGAUUGCACCAAGUUCACCGUCGGCCAAGGUGGUGGCAACGGCGGUAACGCUGGUGGUAACGCUGGAGGUAACAACGGCGGUAAUGCUGGCGGCAACGCCGGAGGAAACGCCGGUGGCAAUGCUGGCGGCAACGGCGGCAACGCUGAUGAUAACGCCGGAGGGAACGCUGGCGGCAAUGCUGGUGGAAAUAACGGCGGCAACGCUGAUGACAACGCUGGCGGCAACGCUGGUGGAAAUAACGGCGGUAACGCUGAUGGCAACGCCGGAGGGAACGCUGGUGGCAAUGCUGGUGGAAACAACGGCGACAACGCCGAUGACAACGCCGGAGGAAACGCUGGUGGCAACGGCGAUGCUGCCGCUUCAACCACUGCCGCUACUUCGGCCGCCGCUGCCACUACUAGCGCCGCCGCCGGUGGUGGCUUUGGAGGACGAGGAGGAAACAGAUUCGGUCGGGGUCGCUUCGGCCGUGGAAAAGGGCGAUUCGUUGCUCGAGACAUGAUUGCAUGA